AGAGAGCAGGCUUGCCCAUAGUCAAAGUUAGAGCAUAAUAUUUUUAAUUUUAGAUGUAGAAAAUAAAGGUGUCAAUUGCUUAUUUUUUCAGAUUAUUUUCACCGUGUAAAUAAGGUUAGAAUAGUACGAUCUAAUAUGCAGAACAACCCCCAAGAGCUUUCAUGGCAGGCAAUACAGGCUAUCGUGGGGGUCAAACUUCCACCUAAUGUGCUCCGUUUUGACGAUAUCGGAUUUCAUUUAGUAAAUAAUUCUAAUUCGAGUGCAGAAGAUUCUGAUUCAGAUGUGGAGAUUGUGGAAAAUGAUUGGGAAUCUGACAAUAAUGUAUCCUCGAAACCCGAACAUUCGGACAAUGAGAAGACUUCACCUGACAGAGAACAAAGUGAGUCGCCCGUUCUUCAUCUCGUAGAGCCUGAUAACAAUAACUCACGUAAAGACUCAUUAGAUUACAGAGAUUAUAUAGAAAGAAUGGAUACCAAAGAAUCUCUUGACAGAGAAAGAUUGCCCCAAGUACCAAAUGACGAUGUCGACAGCUCUAGUGGAAAUGUCAUGUCUAUUGAAAACUACUUGGAAGUUACUCUAUCUACUGAAUCCGAGACUAGUCAUACUUGUGGCCAAUGUAACCAAAUGUUUUCCAGUGAGCAGUUAUUAUCUGCACACAAUUGCAGUGCAAAAUCAACUGAAGAGAAAAAAUAUCCUUGUAAUAUGUGUGCAGAAAAAUUCCCCAGUUACUGGGAACUGAGGAAACAUAUGAACAGUCACUUUCCUGGGAUGCUGGACUCUAAAUCAAGCUUUUGCCAUCUUUGUCAAAAAGAUUAUACAAAAACAGGGUUUAUGAAUCACUUGAGAAAGCAUACAGGUGAAAGACCAUUUGUUUGUGAGCUGUGUCACAAAGCAUUCUCUCAGUCCAGCUCCCUUUCAAUUCACAUGAAGUUCCACUUAAAUGUGCGGAAACAUGCUUGCACAGUUUGUGAGAAGAAAUUCGUGACUAAAAGUGAAUUGUCCCGUCACAUGACCGUCCACACAAAACAAAAAUCAUACUACUGUGGUGUCUGUGACAAAGCGUUUACUCGUUCUGAUAAUAUGAAGAAGCAUGAGAAAACUCAUGGGUAGAUGAAAUGUGUAAUCAAAGUGAAGUGCAUCAUGUUAGCCAAGAUUGAAUCAAAUCAAUUGUUCUAAAUGAUGCAUUUCACAACUGCCAGAUUCUCUUAUUGCCAAAUAUUUAGUUUUAUGUUUAUUAUUACUUGCAUUGUUUUAUACCAAAUCCAAAAAUAUGAUCUAGUUCAUAAUUUAGUCAUUAUGGUGUGUUUAUGAGAGUGUUUCACACUCUGUGUGCUGCUGUAGUUGCUUUUUCUAUUAGGGAUUUUAUUUAUGCAAUGUUUUACUGCAUGUUUGGGUUAUAUUAGUAAUAUAUAAUUAGUUUUAUAAAAUGCCUAUUCAGGUGCUCUACAAUAAGGUCAUACAUAUCUCGAUCCAAAGUUGCCUUUUAGAUUAUGAUAAGGUGGAGUUCUAGUUUGUGGACACAGGUUGGAUAUCCUAAAUUUGAUAGACAUAGUAUAUAUUUACAUUAGAUAACUGACACUUUUCAAAAGAUUUGAGGCCUUCUACUAAAUAUCACAAAGUAUAAACUUGUUCCUGCUAUAUUUGCAAGCUUUAAUAUAAAUAAUGUGUAGAUAUAUUUUUGACCUUAUCAGGUAUUUAAAUACCAGUUGUAAAGCAUACCUUUACCUAAGCCAAAUUUUAGAUUAAGUAUUUAAAGUGAUUCAUAUGAACUGUGUUGUAACCAAAGCAAUAAUAUUGUUAAAUGUGCCUAUUUUUGCACAUGUAUACCAAAAUAACUUCUUAGAUAUUAAGGUAUACAAAUUGCUACUGUUAAUUAAUUCAUUCUUAGAAUCAAAUCUUUAUCUCUUGAGGGGUACAUAGAGCCAGCAGUCUUGAAAGACAGAUGGACCACAUUCAGCUGGUAGGCUUAAUGAUGGAAUUGAGAUUCAAAUAGUGACAGGUUGCCAGCCCAUCGCCUAAAAGAUGAAUCCCAAGUUAAGGCGACUAGGGUAUAUAAACCUAGUCGCCUUUUACGACAUCCACAACAACUACUGUACUUAAAUAAUGUAUCACAUUAUUUAAGUACAUUAUGUGAAAAAUAAUAUUAGAACAUUGAUUAAAAUCUUGUGCUUAAGGCAUUAUUUCCUUUUUAUGGUCUCAAAAACUAGUUUAGCCAUUUCGAUCAAGUAGAAUAUUUUUUAUAUUAAUGUAGCACCAGUUGAAGUAAAGAAUUUAAUCAUCACAUUGUUAUUAAUAAUUCAUGGAUUAAUUUAAAAUAGUAAUUUACUUUUUAAUUAUCACAUGAAAAAUAAUGCCAGGCACCUUAAUGUGCAUCAGAUAUUCCAAAGAUAAAUUGGCAAAGAAACCAAAGUUUAUUGUUACUUUUUUAUGUGCCACUUCUAAAUUGGAUGUAGAAUUUGGUCUAAUGUUUAUUUAGCUGUAAUAAUCAUAUUUUAAUAUAUUUAUUUUACUAUUUAAUUUAGAUAUUUAACUGCAUGAUUUUUUCAUAGAUUUAGAAUUCUAUGAUGAAGAGCCAAUUAAAAAAAUUUCGCAAAAAUCUACAAGACUGACAAUAAUAUUCAGAGUAGAUAUUAACUUGUGCACAAACAUUAUUUAUUAUUAAUAAUACAAAAGAUAUAAAUAAUUUUGUAACUAUUUAUCAAAAUGCACUUUGUUACUCAACAUGACAAUUAGAAAUAAGGGCCAUUUUAAUAUGUUUAUUAUAUACUGUGGAAUAUUGUAAUAAUUUGACGAUUUUAUUAAAGAGUUGUUUG